CUGCCGUCCAGCUCAUCCUCAGACUGGCCCGAACGAAGGAUGAGCAGCAGACGACGAUGACGGCGCCCUACUGGAGCUCUGCAUCUGUGGAUAGCUUCGACUCUGCAGGUGUUUGGUCGAAUGUCGUCAGCAACCCUAGCUCACCCAAGCGACUUGAAGCUCCAAGCUCUCAAUCGCCCACAGCUGGUCCCAGCAGAUCCGCUGCGACUAGCUCCAAAUGGCCGAGACAGACAGCUCCAGAAGAGCUGGAGAGUCCGCAGACAGGCUCGAGUUGGGGCUUUGGCGAUAUCCAGGCUGCCAAACCUGCAACGUCGGCAACGGCGACGAUCACGGGUACGGCUCGAGCGUCCAACGGAUUGAGAUCGACUGCACAUUCGCCCUUGCCGCUCAAAUUGACUCAAGAGUCUCUGGACGAUCAUGCCACGUCAAGUAGUAGCAGCACCAUCCCAGCUCAUUUCGCUCAUCAUACCGGUCUGCUAGAUCUAGGAGGCAAUACGCGACCGGCUCUCAUGCGCAAGACAUCGGAGACUGUACGGCGGAUAUCGGAGAGCUCAGACGGAUGGAUGGGCAACGGCUCCUUCAGCGCCUCGACGAGUGAUAAUGGUCUCGCGCAAGGCAACAGAAUCAGCGUCGAAGAGCUCAGGCGACAUGGUCUCGGUAGCCUGCUACAGGACCGCAAGGGCAAAUCAAGGGAGGUGCCGGAUGACAUGCUGCAGGGAGACACGAGAGAAGUGCUCGUACAUCGCGUCAAGAAGACAGACACCUUUGCUGGCAUCGCAUUGCAAUACGGCAUUUCUGUACAAUUACUACGGCAGAGCAACAAGCUCUGGUUGAAUGACCCAAUAUACCUGCGCAAAGAGCUCUAUAUACCCCUCGAUGCUUGCAGCUUUUCUAUAGGUGGCAAGGAAGGCAUAGAGCGAGUCGAGCUCGAGCCAGAUCACAUCAAGAUCUACGCUCGCACACGUACAAAGUCGUCAGUUACCAACCUAUCCGGCCUAGGCAUCGAGCGCCGUGAAGAUGCCGGCCUGGGCAUACUCGAAGAGCUAUCUGAUGUUCACUUUGAAUCCGAUCCAGCUAUGCGGCCAACUUCACAUCCGCUAUCUUGGGACAGCAGUCGCUCUCCGAGCCCGCAAUUGCAGAGAUUGCAAGCUCUCGACGGAGCUCGGCAAGCUCAAAGCUAUCUGCCAGCGACUAAUCGCGAUCACAACAUGUCUCCCACACUGCCGUCGUUCAGCACGAUGCUUGCGCCUACGCCUCUCAGACCCAUCAAUACGGCUCACUCGCCUACUUUCAUCAUCGAUCGUGCUUCGCUCUCAUCCGACCAAGCCAGCUCGUCAGUCUCCCGUUCGCUGUCACCCUUUGGUCCAGAUCCAACACAAGCAAGGAAUAGGACAGAAUUAGAAGUGACAGAGAUACCCAUCACUCGCGUGCCUGCAGCGAGCAUGUCGUACUUUCCGCCUGCAGCUACUGCAGCUUCAAACAUCUCCGCUCAGAGGACGCCGACUGCUAGAGACUCUUUCGAUCUGCUUAGCAUUACGGAAGGCGAAAUCGAUGCUGGUGUCAGUGCGGCCAUAGCACUUCAACGCGAGCGACUGUCGAGUGCCUCGUCUCAGAAUCUGCGUAGGCGAACAGGCAGCCCGUUUAUAGCGAGCACCAAUCCGUCUGAGCACCUGUCACAGACGACGGACAUGCUGCUUUCCGGAACGCAUGACCGCUUGAAUGGACAUGCCAUCGAUACACCAGACACAAAGCCACUCGAAUCAAUGGGGCCGACUUCACCUCUCCUCCGGCCAACGAACAAGCCUGGCUCAGCGUCGCUCAGCAAAGCGCCAACAAUGUCAAGAAAGGCAUCUUUUGGCGCAGCAGCAAACGCAGUGGCCAGCUUAUUUGACUCUGGCGAGUCUCCCGGCAAGCAUGGCACGAAACUUCAGUCUGGCUUUCCGACAGCCAACACGCGCAAGUCGCCAGCGCUGAAAAAUACCGCUAUUGUGCCAACGACGGGCACGAAAGUGCGCAAAGGCUCUAUGCCAAUUGAGUCGGCCAUCGUCCGGGCUGAGCCUACGAACAAUUCUGGCUGGAAAGCGAUCGAUAGCGAAGAAAUGGCAAUGGCAGCCAUCAUUCUGAACAGAUCUGCUGCUCGGAGCAAGACACAGGAAUACGCAUCAGGAAGGCCUUAUCUUCGUUGAUCUCGGGUUUGCGGCAGAGCGGGAUGUCUCUCGCAGAUUGAAAUCGCGAAAAUGACGAGCCAACGAUUGAUGCAGGCAGCGGGAAGGCGCGUUUCGCUCGGGCGGGCUAUCAUCACGUCUUUACAUAGAAAAUGCAUCCUUUGCCUUGCGAC